GCUGCUAGACAGUCAGUGCUAAUUUACUAUGUCCUCUCCGCCUUUUCCCCUUGGCCCUAAUUAUGGCGCAAUGUUCAUGUCGACCUUGUUGUGCGUUGGCUUCUGGGGUGUCGCUUGCAUGCAAACCUUCAUAUACUUUGUCAGCUAUCAAAGCGAUAAACUAAUUUUCAAACUUCUGGUUCUAUUCGUCUGUCUCCUCGACACGACGCACCAAAUUAUGAUUAUACAAGGAGUGUACACGUACUUCGUUCCCCAGUUCGGAAAUUACUCUGAAUUCUCUACAAUUAUACCGACGUUGAUAUGGGCACCACUUAUUACUACGGUUGUUGCUAUCAUCACACAAAGUUUUUUCAUAUACAGAAUAUGGAAAUUUAAUGAGAAGCCACUAGUGGUGCCGUGUCUUUGGGUGAGCCUACUUUCUAAAGUGCUCUCAGAAGCGAAUAACUUGACGCUGUUGCCAUUGCAAGUUUCCAGUAGCCUUGUUCGAGUUAGCUACGUCCAUUGCUUAUGUUUCCGGAGCGUAUGUCAACGUAGCUCCGAAUUAUGUGACCGAGACUCAGAGUACUCUUAUUUAUACAGAAUAAAUGCAUCGUCUUCAGAAGCCUUAGAGGGUGGAUUCCUGAAGCCUAUCACUAUCGCAUAUUUCGCAGUUACUACUUCCGUGGACUUGACCAUCGCAGCCAGCCUAACCUACAUGUUCAUCUAUCAGACUAAACAGAUUCCUGGAGGAGACGGCCGCUCCAAGCGGAUGGUUCACCGGCUGGCGAUUUACUCGAUCAAUAGUGGUGCUUGGACCGCGAUAUUCUCAAUCCUUGAUAUGAUCUUGUUCGUUGUUUUCUCUUCAAACGCACUUUAUGUCGUGUUCGAUUUCCCCCUCUGCCCCCUAUAUUGCAACAUGUUACUGGCAAAUCUGAAUGUGCGAUCACAUUUGCGGGAAAUGGGUGAUACAAUGGACGGGAAAACAUCAAAUGAUGCGGCGUCAUUCAUAGUGCAUCGCUGUGCUAAUCUCAAGGAUAGCGAGCCCGAGACGCAGGAUGUGAUAUUCACCCAGAGAGUGAUACCUAUACCGAGAACUCCUGUGAUCAACCACCACUGGGAUGAUAGCCUACGCAGUCAUCCAUACUCCAAGGGAUCUAUCAGCAAUCAUGUAUAAAUGUUAAAUUCGAACAUGUACGAUAUCUUGCUUGAUAGUAGCAUGAUUUGGGUGGUUUUAUGGGCAUAAUGAAUAGGUAAAAUAGGUAGCAUCUGAUCAAUGUACAUUUAGUUACCAGACUUGUAGUACUUCAGUAGAUCAUUGUAGUUGUGGACUCAUAUCAUCAGUUCCUCUAUGUUUACAUUCGUUUCUGUGGUU